AGAGAGUCUGAAACAAAUGAAAAACAUCGUUGAACAGCAACAGCAACAACAUGAUGGAAGGUGAGAAAAUGAAAAUAUUAGAUGGAGGUACAGGAACAUUACUUGUACGGAUGGGAUUUACAGAAGUAAAUGAAGAUUCACUGUUUAGUGCCAAACUGAUCUCCACAAACCCAGAGGCCAUCAAAGAAUGCCAUAAAAGAUUUUACCUUGCUGGUUCUGAUGUUGUUGUAACAGCAACAUAUCAAGCAAGUGUUGAGGGCUUCCAGAAACAUCUCAAGAUUACUGAAGAGGAGGCCAAAAACCUGAUGAAGAUUGGGGUGAAUUUAGCAAAACAAGCUCGGUGUGAAGUUCAAAAGGAAAACCCAGAUCUGAAACAUUUGCUGGUCGCUGGCUCAGUUGGUCCCUAUGGUGCCUGUCUCCAUGAUGGAUCGGAGUAUACUGGGAAAUACAUGAAUACAGUGAAGAUCAAUGAACUAAAGUCUUGGCACAAAUCUCGAAUAGAUUUGUUGAUGGAAGCAGGUGUGGAUAUGCUAGCUGUGGAGACCUUUCCAUCUCUCAAAGAAGCUCUUGUUGUCCUAGACAUUAUGAAUGAAAUUCCACAUUGUCGUGGAUGGGUGACAUUUUCUUGCAAGGAUGGAAAGCAGACAUGUGGUGGAGAUAAUUUCUGUGAUGCAAUAAAACAGGUUAUGUCUUCAAGCUGUGUGAUAGCUGCAGGAGUUAACUGUACAAGUCCUGAAUACAUUAGUGAUCUAUUAGACAGCAUCAAGACCAUACCGUUGACCAAACCGGUCAUUGUUAAGCCAAACAGUGGUGAAACAUGGAAUGUUACACACGGGUGGCAUGGUGGUGUCAAAAGUAUCAAUGAGUACAGUAAGGAAUGGUUAAAUAGUGGUGCCAGUUGGAUCGGAGGUUGCUGCCGUGUAUAUCCAGAGGAUAUUUCCAAACUGAAGUCCACAAUAUCAAACUACUUUAUUUGAACAAUCAAACACAACCACAAAGAGAUUACUUCUUUCCAACUAUUAUUUGUAUCUUAACCCUUGUUCUCCUCCCUCAAAAACAAAAAAACAAAUGAUUUCUUUUUGUAUAUCUGAGGAGUUUUAUAUUUAAAGAAAUAAAAUUAUUAAAAAUUACUAUUUGUAAAUCUCACAAUUUGAAAUAUUCAGCAACAGUACUUUGGAGUAAAGAAUGUUUGCCAACAUAACAUGGCAAUCCUGGUUUAGGACGAAUGUUGCUGUAAUUUAGCCCCAGGAGACAUCAUCUGCAGCUGGCUAUACGACACGAUCUGUGUCCUUAUAUUUUCGAUCAAGGGAAUCUAGCACCCCCACUCAGCUCAAAACAAUAUCUGUGUAUCGCGAUUUCCGGGUUAUUUGUUUGAAAAUAUAAGGACACAGAUCGUGUUGUAUAGCCAGCUCGAGAUGAUGUCUCCUGGGGCUAAAUUACAGCAACAUUCGUCCUAAACCAGGACUGCCAUGUUAUGCUGGCAAAUAAUCUUUAAUCCAAUAAAAUUAUUGUUGAAUGUUUUUUUUUUUUUCACCUUUUUGCAAAAUGAAAACAAAAAAAUCUGAAGUCAUUAAAUUAAUGCUAAAAAAUUUUUUUAACAAGUUUCGAGGUAAAUAAAUAACAAUUUUACUAAGAAUUUUUUUAUUUACAAUUUACAAAGAAAUUUGAUAUAAAAAAAUUUAUUAUAUUU